CCUCUCGGAAGUGGACUGUUUAUCAUCGGGGGUGUUUAGUUUCGUUUGAAGUUGUGCGGUAUUCUGUGUAGUAGCUAGCGGGAUGUGUGAGGAGCUUCGGCGGCAUUACUAAAUAUUGGAAGAUUAAAAAUGGAUUGGAAGAUGUAUAGAGGUAUUUGGUUAACUGCAGGAUGGACAGUCCUGUUUGUUAUCCUCAUCGCGUGUGAAUCAGCUUUUGCUGAGGGUGGGGAAUCCGAGGCAGCUAGCCAAGGUACAACAAAGGCUCAGGAUAGUUUCUAUUUCCUGAUCAACCCCAGCAGUCAGGACGUACUUGAAGGAUCCGAAAUAACAUUAAACUGUGCAGUGUCAAGGGAUAAACACAUUGUGUACCACUGGACUAUGAAUGAUUUACCAGUACAGAAUACAAGCAGGCGAUAUCAAGAUGGUACCGAUUUGAGGAUACUGCGUGUGUUGCGAGAAGAUGAUUUUGGUGGCUUUCGCUGUGUUGCUACAAACACUACUACAAUGAUUUCUUUGAAAAGUACUGAAGCCAGGCUCAAUAUCAUGUGGAUUGACCAAGGUGGCCUUCAGUUAAAACAACCUAGUGAUGAAUCUGCCAUUGUUCCUGGCGCCACAGUCAGUUUAAAGUGCCUUAUCCAGGGCAACCCAGAGCCACAGUUUGAGUGGUAUAAGAAUAAAAUAAGGUUAUUUUCAAGUGAAGACCGUGUGCGGUUUAGGGACGGUGCUCGUAAAGUGAUUCUGAUGGCUGUGACUUCUGAUGAUAAUGGGAUGUAUUCAUGCAGGGCCAAAAAUGCUGCAGGCCACCUCGAUAGCUCGGAUAGUUUUAUGAUCAAUGUGCAAGGCUCAGAUAUCCCUAUCCUGGAUGUGAGCACCUUUACCAGAGAAGUGAUUGUCAAAGCCACCGAACCUGCAACCCUUCACUGUAGAUUUGACAACUCUGCCGUCAACUCCGACUGGUAUCACGAGGGCAAUAUUCUUACCAAUACAUCUAGGAGGGGCGGACAUAAUAUCACAGUAUUCAGCAAUGGCACUCUAUAUUUCAACAUGGUACGGGGCCGUGAUGCAGGCACAUACAAGUGUGUGGGAAUUAGCCAGCAAGGAAAAGUCCAAAGAUUUACCUCAGAAUUAAAAGUGGCAGCACUGGAGGACUUAACUGCCAAGUCAUUUGAGCCCCGUAUUCCAGCCCAUAGAGCCACUGUUGUUCCUGUAGGAGAACGUUUUGAGUUACUGUGUCUACCCCCAAAUGGGUUCCCAGCUCCAACAGUGAGAUGGCUGAAUCCAAGCAACACAUACAUAACUAACAGUGGCCGUGUUCGUAUUGAAGACACUUCUCUGGUCAUUACGUACACAGAGAAAGAAGACACUGGCAACUACACCUGUGUGGCUAGUAAUAUGGCGGGCAACAGGACCAGGAAGGUCCAGAUUGUAGUUUCUGUUGCCCCCACCAUCAUCAAAGGCCCAAGUCCUACCUGGGUGGAAGAAGACGAGGAAGCAGUGAUGGAAUGCCGUGUGACUGCGACACCCUACCCUGUCACACAGAUCAGGUGGAUGAAAAACAAUGAAUUGUUGGCUCAGAAUCGUCGUUUCUCAGUGAACCAGGCCACUGGUGUGCUACGAGUGCGUGAUGUGUUCCUCUCUGAUGCUGGAGAGUAUGCCUGCAGUGUUAACACCACUGGUUUCCCUGUGGUGACCUCUAGUCCAGCCCCACUGACUGUGAGAAAAAAACUAAAGUUCAAACCAAGGCCAAUAAAUACCAAACUAGAGCUCCGUUCCAAUGCUAAGAUCCACUGCAGAGCCGAGGGAGAAGGAACGCUGGUGGUGAAAUGGCUGAAGAGUGGGGACAUGUGGAAUUUCCCCAGUCACAUCCUUGAUGAGGGAGGCACCCUGGUAUUCACUGGUGUGAAGAAGUCUGAUGCUGGGUCAUAUACAUGUGUUGCUACCAGCAGCACUCAGGGUGUCAUCAAUGCUACCAUACAUGUGGAUGUUGUAGUCAAGCCCUGGUUUCGGGUCAAGCCUCAGAACGACACUGCUGUAGAGGGGUCUUCAGUCAUGUUGAACUGUGUGGCAGCAGGGGACCCACAACCUGCUGUUCAGUGGGACAAAAAUGGAGAACUCAUCAGAAAUAUUGAUGAUGGGGAGAAGAACAGGUUUCAGGUGCAAUCUAAUGGGUCCCUGUUCAUCACUGAGGUGUAUGUGGAGGACCAGGCCAGGUUUGGCUGUACUGCAGGGAACAAUGGAGGGUUUGCCAGAGAGGAGAUGUAUCUCAAGGUCAAAAGUAUGGAUCCUAAUGGUCCAGUCGAAGGUUCCGACAUCAUUCACAUAGACACCCAUGGUCAGGUGGUCACUGGGGAGAGUGGACAGACCAACACCAGUGCCAUGAAGACAGUCAUCAUUGCAGUGGUCAGUGCAGUGGCCUACCUGGUGUUAGUGGUCACUCUGGUAGUGGUGUGUAGUAUUAGGCUAUUGAGGAAGAGGAGGAAGAAAAAUGUGGAUAACAUGGUGGCAGUCACAGAAAAUGGUGAAAUUAAGAAUCCAGAACAAGAAACAUUGAUGGGAAAUCAGUCCCGUAGCUCGCACUCUCACACCACCAGGAGUGAUGAUGUCCACUCCCACGUCUCAGGGGCCAACUCCCACUUUUCUGGGACCAGUUCCCACCCCUCCCACUCCUCCAGCAGCAGGUCCAAGAAAAGAUCCAGCUUACAUAAUUUCAAGUUCCCCAGGGAUGAUCUCCAGACCAUUGGAAUGCUGGGUCGAGGUGAAUAUGGAGAUGUCUUUCUUGCCAAAGCCAAAAAUAUCAAGGAUGGUGAAGCGGAGACUCUGGUUGUAGUAAAAUCUCUACUCAGUAAGGAUGAACACCAUCAGUUUGAGUUUCGCCAAGAGAUAGACAUGUUCAGUAAACUGGACAGCGAGUUUGUUGUCCGUCUGAUGGGUGUGUGCAGAGACCGCGAGCCACAGUUUAUGAUGACUGAAUACCUUGAAUGGGGGGAUCUUAAGCAAUUCCUUUUCACAUCAAGGAAAGAAAGUGGAAAGAGACUCAAAAUCCCAGCAUUAACAAUAGCACAAAAAGUAACAAUGUGCAACCAAGUUGCAUUGGGAAUGGAACAUAUAUUCACCAGACGCCUGGUACAUAAAGACGUUGCAGCAAGAAAUGUGCUGUUAGCACCUGAUUUGAAUGUCAAAGUUGCAAACCUUCGACUAAGUCGCGAUUUUUACUCUUCUGAGUAUUAUCGGUAUCGCGAUUCAGUAAUACCUAUACGUUGGAUGCCCCACGAGGCAGUCUUAGAUGAUGAUCUCUCCACAAAAAGUGACGUUUGGGCUUUUGGAAUUUUCAUGUGGGAAGUAUUCUCACAGGGGGAUAUGCCAUUCGGGGACCUGUCAAAUGAGGACCUGUUGCAGGCAAUGAAGAGUGGCGAUCUCCUCCAGCCAGCCUCUUUGCCAGCUCAGCAGUGCCCUGCAGAAUUACAGACUCUUAUGAUGAGGUGCUGGGCAGACUGCCCUAAAGAGAGGCCAACGUUUAGUGAAAUUGUGGUACUCAUUGGGGAAUUGACUGUGGACAGUGAUGUGUAGCUGUAGGAAUUCAAAUCUAAGAGAUAUGUUUAUUUAUACACGUUAAAAGUUUUUGAUAAGUUGGUUCAGGCUUUUUUGCACAGCCAAGAAUGUGCCUCUUAGAGGAGACCAGUUCAGCGUCUUUUAUUUUUUUUGCAAGUUCUGUUGCAAAUGGCAAUAGAUAUAGAUCUAGAAAAAAAUGUAGGAAUUUCUACUGCCUGUGCUAUGUAAUAAAAAAUGCAGGACAUUCUUCAAGUAAGACAGAAUUGAAUAAAGACUGCUUUUGUGACUUUUGUGUAACAAAAUGAGCUUGUGGACGGAGGCAUUUAGUGGUAAAGAACCACUGUUUUGACAAGCAGGUUCAACUGCAACUUUCCAAUUUCUUUUGACCUAAGAAGCAUGAUCACGACAGAAUUCAAGAAGGAAUCACUCUUGAUAGUUUUAAGCCAAAGCAAUUGGGUUCUCAUGAAGUUAUAGAUAUAAUUUCUUUUAAGUAUUUUCUAGAAAAUGCCCUGAUAUAGAGGGCAACAUGGUGCUGUAUUACAUUUAUUGUGUAUUACAUCAUUUUCACGUUAUCUUUGAGGGUGAUUUAAUGCGUUGAUUUGUAUAUUCAUUUGUACCAGACUACUUAUAUUGUAGACAUUUUAAGGAGCAGAUCUCUGCGAUGUUCCCAAAGUUGUAUGCCUUUAAUGUUAUGCACAGCGCAUAAAGCAUUUUAUACGUCAGUUUAAUGUUGUACAAUUUUAUACAUUUACAUUUUUCCUUCCCAUUUUAUGUAUGAUGUUAAGAAAUAAUGGACUUAUAAAGUAUACUUUGAGCCUUAAUAAGGUAUUUUAAGUACAUUAGGCAUUUGUGAAAAGAUUUGUUAUUAGGAUCUAAUUUGAAAUCCUAGAUAGAUGUAUAAUUUGAAAUUUUAAUGGGGACAUAACAUGUUUAUAUUAUUCUGUUGCUGUCCGCAAAUACUGAUAAUUUUUAAAGAUAUUAUUUGCAAUGAGCCACUUAAAUAUAAUGUAGCCAGUGUCCAUUGAGUUAAAAUGUGGUCUUGUACAUAGUGUAAUUAUGUUGUAAAAUUCCAUAUUGUGUCAGCUGCACAACUAUUGUUGUAUAUUAUAUUUCACAUACUGAAUGAAUGUGACUUAUGGACAGCUUUAAGCUACAGUAUAUAUAUAUAUUGUGGAAGAAAAUAAAUUACAUGUUGAAUAGCCCAAGUAAUGUUCUUCAUUUU